AUGUCGGAUAAUGAUAUUGAAAAGAUCCAGCGCCUCACUGUUCCGCGUGGUGCCAUUCGCCCAAAACUACAACCCGUUCCAGUCUCAGACUACCGGUCGGUAGUGCGACAAAUAGAAAGGCGGGAUCGGCGGGACCGUGCACGUGCGGCGAUUGCUGCGGAGAUGCGGGAAGAGGAAGCUGCGCGUCGUGUUUGUUAUCAGAGAUUUUGGGUAGGACUACUCUGUAGUCUGUUGUUGUUAGCCAUCACAAUGGCGUUAAUGUACUCUCCACUCUGUCAAAAUGCUGCUGUUGCAUUUUUGAAGUUCAUGAGAGAGUUGCUUGGGUUGUAA